GAUGAUGUGUCAACGGUAGAGCUGCAAAAAAAGCACAGAAUUAUGGCGUAAAUUGAUAAAUUUUGUUUUUCCUGCAGCAUUACGUUUGUGCUUCGUGUUCUGGGUUGUGUUUUGUCCUAAAUGUUUCAAACUCUUUCGUACCGAAGUGAAAACGACUGCUAGCGAUGGAGGAAAAGCCAGGCCCCCCGAUCGGCAACGGGAGCGAGCUGUUCAGCUUACCGGCUGGUCCGGCAACAUUAUGCUUCGACAAGAAUGAAUUCAUGAAGAAAACGUUCUCCGUGGACGAGUUUCUGCACGAAAAUCGAAAUGCCGGCAGUUUGGAAAUAAUCCGCGACGAUUUGGGCCUCUACCUGAAGGUGCUCCGUUCGGCAAUGAUCGAGCUGAUCAAUCAAGAUUACGCCGACUUUGUCGAUCUUUCCGCGAACCUUAUCGGGCUGGAUCAGCAGAUUGAUGCCAUCGAGGGACCGUUGAAAAAGUUGCGCGACGAAGUAGACCAGGUGAAGGGCGCCCUCGAAGGCAGCAUGAGCGAGAUUGCCAGCUGUCUCGAGCAGAAAAAGCUUCUGCGUGCGUACAAGAAAUCGCUCCAGAGUUUGGCAAGGGCGCAAGCUUCGCUCAGCAAACUAGAGGGCAUGCUGCUGCUGAGCGAAAGGAAAGAGCCGUUCGAUGCUACACUGCUCGAGCGUGCCGCACUGGAAUCGAUUCAGCUGCAGUUCAACAGUAAAUUCUGUCACAGCUUCCUCGACGACGGCAAGCGGCAACUCGCGCAGGAACUGUGGAGCGAACUGCUGGAUCGUCUGAAGAGCUACUUUUUGCGGUCACUGAACGAGCCGGAACCGAAGGAGCUGGAACGCUGCCUUCGCAUUUACUGUACGCUGGACGAAUGCCGCACGGCGGAGGAAGUGUUCCGUGGGGAAAUUGUGGCCCCAUUCAUGAACCGUGUCAUCUCGGAGACGAGCCUGCAAAACUCCCCCCAAGGCUUGACCGGUAUCUACAACCAGAUACUGGACUUUGUGUCGAUGCACAUGAAACAGCUGUGUCAGCUGACGAAGCGCAACGGCAAGGUGAAGGGCUACAGCUUCAUCGUGAACAGCUUCUGGGCGGAAGUUGAGCGUCGCAUGGAAACGAACAUGUCGUCCAUCUUUGCUCCCGGCAAUCCGGAUGCCUUUUACCAGAAGUAUAAAUGUACGCUCGAGUUUCUGGAGCGCAUCGAGCAGAUAAUCGACGAUGCGGACGAUGUGGCCCAGUUCAAGGCACACGCCCAGUACCGCAGCUUUCAGCUGCGCUGGAACCUGCCGGUUUACUUCCAGAUACGGUUCCAGGAGAUUGGCGCCGAGCUCGAGGCAAGCUGCAACGAUUCGGCAGCCGCCCAACGACAGCUGGCCAAAUCGAUUUCCGCAUCACAGUUUAACGUAGCGCAAUUUUCCGUUGCCCUGACGGCCAUAUCGCGAUGCUGGCAGGAUGGUGUAUUCUUGCCACAGUUGUUCCAUCGGUUCCUUAAGCUCACGCUACAGAUUCUUGCUCGGUUGAGCGUGUGGUGUGGAGAAGUUUCCCGUUCUGCACCGAAGCAAGAGCAGGAAGGUGGUUCCGAAGAUGGCACGGAACGAAUCCGAUUCAUGGUGGCGCUGUACUCUGAUUUGCGAAACAUCGAACUAAAAAUUCCUUCAAUUGUGAACCUUGUGGCGGAGAAAAGUCCUACCGGCACGUCACGCACUGAGCUUGAAACAAUAAUCGGCGAAAGUGGAACGAUAUUUGGCGACCGGCGCUCGCAGUUGCAGCGAUUGAUCGUGCAGGAAUUGAUCACGGCCAGCAUACCGCAGCUCCGGCAAGUCAGUGACAUACCGCGACUGUACCGGAAAACGAAUCGUGACGUGCCUAGCCGGUGCUGCUCGUACGUGGAACAAGUGCUCGCGCCAACCGAUACGUUCCGGAAGAAUUAUGACUCGAUGAUUGGGGACGAAGCGAUGCGCGAUUUCCUGACCGGUGUCUACAAUCACGUGACAGUGCAAUACUACCAAAUGAUCGACGAAGUACUGACCUCGGUACAAAAGACGGAAGAAUCAUUGAGACGGUUGAAAAAUCUUCGCGAUCGCUCGGGAACGGCGGCUGCGUCAUCAACGGCAACCACUAACAACACCGAUCGCGUAGCAACCUCGGAUGAUGAUAAAAUUCGACUACAACUACAGGUGGACGUCAUGCAUUACGUGCGGUUUGUUGAGGACCAGGCAAAGAUAUCCCGGCAAAACGUUAACCAGCUGCCCCAACUGAUCCAGCUUGUCGAAGACGCUAUUAAAGGACGAUUAACGAGUGAACAGACACAGUAAGAUAAACACCCGGUGGUAGGUGCAUAUCGUCAUGAUCGAUGGCCUUGUUGUAUCGUAGUUCACGUUAAGUUGCCCAAAGAUUCCGUUUGGGUCGGCAUCCUUCUUUCGGCUCAUAGUAAAAUAAAUAUUUAAAAACACGACCGAGAAAAUGAAAA